CGUGUAAUUUUUAAGGGGCACAUCUCCCAUCGAUGAAGCCAAUGUCGUUUCUAGGCCAUAACCUGCACGCUAUUCAGUUCUUACUCGUGUGAAGAGUUUUAUCAAUUAAUCAAGCUUUCUUUUGGACAAUUCUCCUCAUCACUAAACGAGGUCUUUAUAACUUUUUUUCAUAUUAGAGUGUCUAUUCGAAGAGUAUCCACCGAAUAUCUACCUGAUUAUGACAAGGGUCAAACGAAAAGUAGCCGAAGCUGAGACAACACGGCCUAGCCCCAAGCGCGCAAAGAAUAUGAAAGGGACAAGCAAGUAUGAGCAAUUGGAGAGCGAGAGUAUUGACGAUGACGACGAAAGAUCGGACUACUCGGAAGAGGACGAGGAACCGCGGAGAAUUCUUACUUUCAAAGAACUUCAAGUCGCUUACCCACUCCCGAUGAUCAGAGAUCUUAAAGCCCGGAAAUUGAUCCAAGAUCGUACCCCCUCCGCGGCGGCAAGCAGCAAUAAGAAUAAGGACGUGACCGCAGUUUAUACCGUCGCACAUGCGAAACACGGUCCGUAUAUAGGCCACGAAUUCGACUUAUUAGGCACAUAUAGUAGUCUCGAAGCAGCUAAUGUGCAAGUUCUGAGCUUCUUCAACGCAAAGUACCAAAGCCAUAUGGACUCCGAUAGUGUACUCAUAAAAGGUCGAGAAGUCCAAGGGGACAUCGGUGCUUGUUAUUGGAUCGAUAAAAAUGGGUUUCUGUCGUUUUAUGGUCGCGAAGAGAACGUUGAAUUCAAAAUCAAUAUUAUUAAGCAGGAAGUUAGGACGAAUGGCCUCGUGGGAGGGCGGAUCUCAAUACUCAGUGGAUAGAGAAGCGUCGCGACAAGAGGACAUAGAAUGAAGGUUUGCGAGGCCCGAUUGCUUACGUACGAAGCUAUAUAGUAUUUCUGUAUUCCUAUAUUGUUAUAGAUCUAUAGCCUGUAUAUCUAGCUUAGAACGAUAGUUAACUAGUACUUAACAUCCUGGAAGUAUUGCGG